AUGAAAUACAAAGAGAUAAUUUCAUCCCUCCCUAGAAGAGAAGUUUCUCAAAAUUUUACUUCUUUUGAUUACUAUCAAUACAAAGGCUUUUGGUUCCCUUUAGCCUUUUUAGAAUCAAUUUUAUUUAUGGAACAAAAUUUCAAAGCACAACCUUGUAAUAUUUUUCUUUGUGGUUCUCUAAAAACAGGCACCACUUGGCUUAAAUCUUUGGUCUUUUCUAUUAUGACAAGACAUCAUUUUGAUGACUCUACAAAUCCUAUACUCACAAAACUUCCUCAUGAUUGUAUACCAACAUUAGAAAUUGAUUGUGACAUCAAUUUCACUUCUCUUGAUGAUACAAAGUUCCCAUUAUUAGGCACACAUCUUCCAUACACUUGUUUGCCACAAUCUAUAAUAGAUUCAAAGUGUAAGAUCAUUUAUAUAUGUAGAGAACCAAAAGACACAUUUGUUUCAACAUGGCAUUACACUAAAAAGCUUGAAGAAACCAUCCCUGAAUUCAAAGAUAACCCUAUCACACUCGAACAAGAAAUCGAGUGGUUUCUUGAAGGGAAAUCCUUGUAUGGACCUUAUUGGGAUCACGUGUCUGAAUAUCUAAAAGCAACCUCCACAAAGCCCAACAAUACGUUGAGUUAUGUGAAGAAAUUGGCUGAGUUUAUGGGAAAACCAUUUUCUAAAGAGGAAGAGGAUCAAUUUGUACCUGAAAAAAUAGUGGCAACUUGUGAGUUUGGAAAUUUAAGUAAUUUAGAGGUGAAUAAGAGUGGAUCGCAUAAUCCAAAACCUGGGAUAAAAGUUAAUAAUAAUGCGUUUUUUCGUAAAGGAGAAAUUGGAGAUUGGAAGAAUCUUUUGAGUGAAGAUAUGGCAAAAUCAAUUGACAACAUAACUAAGGAAAAACUUCAAUCUUUAAUUUGGGACUGA